GUGCAAGCCACAGUCCAGCUUUCAAUCAAGCCUUCUGAGCCGAUCUGCGGUCUGCGUCCACAGAGAAAGGCUUUGCAGGCAGCACCCUGAACAAACCAGAAAAACAGCUCUCCUCUGCUCUGGAGCCCAAGGCAGCGGUGUCCCACCCGCAUCUAUCUUUCUCCAACAAGGUCAGCUAAGCCAGGCCAGAGAGCCUCCACUCUCUGGCCCCUCCCCUCCAGGCAGGGCCACCACAGGUCUAUCAGGAACCGCCUGAGGUGUCUACCUGCCUGUGCCUGGUGGGUGGAGUGUGAAGCGAGGAAGUCUCCCUGUCCUGGACUCUGCACCCUUAGGUGCUUGGGUCCUUUUUCUCUGAGGAGCCUUCCGUCUUCUGCGCUGCCAUGGAAGGGUCCAGAUCCCUCUCAUCCCGGGAAGAUAUAGAGCUCUCCAUGCUGGAGGGGCAGGCAGAAGAGCGCGCACCUCUCAACAGCCUCCAGAUCCAGCCUUGCUCCGCAGCCGAGGACCCUAGCCCAGCCCAGAUGGACAAGGAAAGCCCCUGGAGUCCCUGUAACAAGCCUGUGGUUAGAAACUGUAAACUGUGGAUGGUCAUCGUCACCAUUUUCCUGUGUUUCACCUUAGUGAUCGUUAUGAGCUUAUGUCUUGUAGGAGUGACUUACAUAGAUGAAGAUGAAACUGAAAUACUUGAAUUAUCAUCAAACAAAACAUUCUUCAUAGUGCUCAAGAUUCCAGAGGAGUGUGUUAAUGAAGAGGAAUUGCAUCACUUGCUCAAUAAAAGGCUCACAGAUGUGUAUAGAGCAUCUCCAGCUCUGGGUCGUUUUUUUACUUCUGCUGAUAUCAUGGACUUCAGUGUUGAAAAUGCCACAGUGACGUAUCACUUGCAGUUCGGAGUUCCAGCUGAAGAUGAUGGCUUCAUAAAGCACAUGUUGAGUAAAGAGUUGGUCCUUGGCAUUAUGCGGCAGAAUUUCCAUGACAAGAACUUAUCUGGUUGUGAGCAGCUCGGGCUCGACCCAGAAUCUCUUUUGCUCUAUGGUCCUCCACCUGGAGAUACUUCCGAGCUGGUCCUCAGGCUGGCGUAA